UCUUCUCUUUUCUGUCUCUAGCCCUGGAGCAGCUGUUGACAGAGCUGGAUGACUUCCUCAAAAUUCUCGACCAGGAGAACCUGAGCAGCACAGCUGUGGUGAAGAAGAGCAGCCUGGCUGAGCUCCUCCGGCUUUACACCAAAAGCAGCAGUUCUGACGAGGAGUACAUUUAUAUGAACAAAGUGACUGUCAACAAGCAACAGAAUGCGGAGUCCCAAGACAAAGCAGCCGAGGAGCAGAACCCACUGACCAACGGGGAGCCUGGCCAGCACUCUUCGGCCCCUCAGAAGAGUCUUCCAGACCUCCCGCCACCCAAGAUUAUUCCAGAACGGAAACAGCUCUCCAUCCCAAAGAUCGAGUCUCCAGAGGGUUACUAUGAAGAGGCUGAGCCGUACGACACAUCCCUCAAUGAGGACGGAGAGGCUGUGAGCAGCUCCUACGAGUCCUACGAUGAAGAGGAAAACAGCAAGGGCAAGUCGGCGCCAUACCAGUGGCCCUCGCCUGAGGCCAGCAUCGAGCUGAUGCGUGACGCCCGCAUCUGUGCCUUCCUGUGGCGUAAGAAGUGGCUGGGGCAGUGGGCCAAGCAGCUCUGCGUCAUCAAGGACACCAGGCUCCUGUGCUACAAAUCCUCCAAGGACCACAGCCCGCAGCUGGACGUGAACUUGCUGGGCAGCAGUGUCAUCCACAAGGAGAAGCAAGUGCGGAAGAAGGAGCACAAGCUGAAGAUCACGCCAAUGAACGCUGACGUGAUCGUGCUAGGCCUGCAGAGCAGGGACCAAGCGGAGCAGUGGCUCAGGGUCAUCCAGGAGGUGAGUGGCCUGCCUUCAGAAGGAGCGUCCGAGGGAAAUCAGUACAGCCCAGAUGCCCAGCGCCUGAACUGUCAGAAACUAGAUACAACGGAGAAGUACCUGUCAGCCUCGGAAUACGGAAGCUCCGUAGAUGGCCACCCUGAGGUCCCAGAGGCCAAAGAGG